CUGUAUAUCAAUGAAAUGAGUCGACAAUUAAACGGCGAUUUUCUCAUCAAUUAUUUGCCAUUGAAUUGCAGAAAAUCAUAAUAUGUUAUGAAUUCAAGUGUCAUAACCAACAGUAAGGCCACAGAAAUCGUUGUGAAUCUGACGACACCAGCGACUGGUGUGUCGGUGAGCACCGGGUCAUCGGUGGUCGAGACAAUGGCCGCCAGUCUGCCCAAACUGGCCGACAAUAUCACAGCACUGGUAGAGCAUCCCGGGAUCUUCUUGCAGUCCACGUCCGCUAAAGUCAUUUCCGGAGCUUUCGUAUGGAUCGCACUUUUCAUUGCGUGCCAUCAGAUCUACCAACACUUGCGCUUCUAUUCGAUGCCAUCGGAGCAGAGA